GUGGGGAAGCCGGUCGUCAGUAAGGAGGAGGUCAAAGGUCAACGCUGGGCAUCGUGGAGUGGCGUCCUGGGCUCAGAGGUCUGUGGCAUCUGGACCAAAUACUCAGAUGUAACCCAGAUCAACGCCGUGGAUGCCAAUCACUCCGCUGCCGUGCUGGUCGCCGGAGACGACCUCGGCCUUGUUAAGCUCUACCGCUUCCCCUGUCUGAAGAAAGGAGCCAAAUUCAAGAAGUACAUCGGCCACUCUGCCCACGUGACCAACGUCCGCUGGUCACAUGACCUGCAGUGGGUGCUGACCACAGGUGGGGCCGACCACGCCCUCUUCCAGUGGAGGUUUCUGCCCGAGUCUGUGAUGAACGAAGGACUGGACGUCAGCACACAAGACAGUCAUGGAGACUCCAACAGCGAGGAGUCCGACAGCGACGUCUCGGACGUCCCAGAGCUCGACUCCGACAUCGAGCAGGAAACUCAGAUCCACUAUGACCGACAGGUUUAUAAGGAGGACCUGCCUCAGUUGCAGCAGCAGAGCAGAGAGAAGAAGCAGCAGGUUGGAUUUUUGAAGAGGCAGCGAGGACCGGACCAGGGCCUCCGGCUGCAGUUUGUUCAUGGGUACCGUGGUUACGACUGCAGGAACAACUUGUUCUACACUCAGGGUGCGGAGGUGCUGUAUCAUGUGGCGGCGGUGGGCGUGGUCUACAACCGGCAGCUGCACAGCCAGCGCUUCUACCUCGGCCACGACGACGACAUCCUUAGCCUCAGCAUCCACCCGCUGAAGGACUACGCUGCCACAGGACAGGUGGGGCGAGAUCCAGCCGUCCAUGUGUGGGACAUCCAGACCAUGAAGUGCCUCUCGUUACUGAAGGGAUUCCACCAGAGAGGA